AUGAAGGUAAAAGCUGCUGAUGAAAAGCUACGCAUUGCAUUUAUCCAUCCAGAUCUGGGCAUUGGAGGAGCUGAGCGACUGGUCGUGGACGCUGCUGUCGGUUUACAACAGGAAGGACAUGAUGUGGUCAUAUAUACGAGUCAUUGUGACAUGAAUCACUGCUUUGAGGAGGUUAGACAGGGCAUGCUGAAGGUUGAGGUGUUCGGAGACCAUCUUCCAACGAACUUUCUGGGCAAGUUCUUCAUUGUCUUUGCGAAUCUGAGGCAGCUGUAUUUGGUUCUACAGUUAUGUCUUCAAAGAAAGAUAAAGAUGCAUGAUUUGUUUAUCGUGGAUCAGCUCUCUACGUGCUUGCCCUUUUUGCAUCUUCUGAGUAACGCUAAGCAGCUCUUCUACUGCCACUUCCCGGACCAAUUGUUGGCUCAAAGACGUGGUAUUCUGAAGCAGCUGUAUCGCAUACCCUUUGACUUAUUUGAACAGUUCACUAUCGGGACUGCAGAUUCUGUUGUGGUAAACUCAAACUUCACAAAAACUAUCUAUGAGAGAACCUUCCAGUUCCUGAGGGAUUCGCCGAGAGUGAUAUAUCCCUGCGUCGACCUGUCCAAACGAGAGAUCGACCACGUUGAUGAACUCUUCUACAAUAGUUUGCUUGGAUCUAGUAGUUUUUUCCUCAGUAUCAACAGGUAUGAGAGGAAGAAGGCUAUUGCUUUGGCCCUGGAAGCGUACGCAUUGUCCAAGAAAGAAGCCAACUUCAGUUCAAAGCUAGCAAUUUGUGGCGGGUAUGAUGACAGAGUGGCAGAGAAUGUCGAAUAUUUGAAUGAAUUACAAAGGCAUGCAAGCAGUUUAAAGCUCACGCACAUUACGAUAUUUUAUGCUGACAUUCACAAGGUCAAAAACUUUAAUCUUUUCCAGGGAAGGGAUUUUGAAGUUGUUUUCCUCACCUCGAUAUCCUCGUCUCUCAAAGAGCUUCUCCUGAGCAAGACGGAUCUUUUGUUGUACACUCCUUCCUUCGAACAUUUCGGAAUCGUACCAUUAGAGGCCAUGAAAUAUGGCAAGCCUGUCUUGGCCGUUAACACUGGAGGCCCUGUAGAAACAGUCGAGACACUCGUGCCGGGCCAAAAUGAGAACACAUCGACUGGGUGGUUGAGAAAUGCAGAUCCCAAGGAAUGGGCUGGAGCCAUUAGUGAGUUCCUGUCUGUACAAGAUAAAAACUCGGUGAACUUCAAGAAAAAUGGUCCAGAGAGGGUUAAAAAGUACUUUUCUCGAGAAGCUAUGACAGCGAGCUUCGAGGAGAAUAUUAGUUUGUUCAUCAAAGAUGAGCAAGUCACUUAUUCAUGGGAAUCUAUGUUGGCAGUACUUGGGAAUGUGUUCGUACAUGUGUUUAUCAAUAGCUUGUUCCAGAGGAAACACCGACUCUCACCAUAUGCAGUUAUGGCAGCUAUCUCGAUAUUGUAUUGCCGAAGCUUCCGCUUUGGGCUGUACUGGGUUGCUGUCUUUGCCGCAUUAUUCUUCGACAUUUGA